AAUCUAAAAGAUUAACAAAGCCAAAAGCUGGUUCUUUGAAAAAAAUAAACAAAAUAGACAAACCUCUAGGAAAGCUCACUAAGAAAAUAAGGGAGAAAUCUCAAAUAAAUGGGAACAAAAAUCAAAGAGUAAAAAUUACACCUCUAAGUAUUCAGAGGAUAGAGACUACUAUGAACAAUUAAACACUAACAAAUUCAGAAACCUAGGAGAGAUGGAAAAUUUUUAAAAAUCAAGCAAUCAUCCAAGAUUGAGUAAGGAAGAUGCAGAAAAUCCUGAACAACCCAAUCAUAAGCAAGGGAAUUGAACCAGCAAUCAAAACUCUCCCCAAAAACAAAAGUCAAGGACAAGAUGGCUGCACAAGUGAAUUCUACCAAACCUUGAAAGAAGACCAUCUCUUCACCAGCAAGACCGUCAACAGCCUUUUGAGGAUAGGAUCUGUAUCUAAACAAGCUGCCGUCAGUGUACUCCUCAGGAAAGUUACUAUUCAAGUCAAAUACAACAUAAUGCAGAAUUCUUUAUCAGUACCACCAAAAGAUCAAGGUGAACCAAACAUCCCUUCUGGAACAAAUCUGAGUGGGAAAGGUUUGCAGAAUAAAAGUCACUUUAGGACCAUUGCACCAAAAAUUGUGCCCAAAGUCCCAGCAUCCAGAGUGUUGUCAUGCCAUUCACCAUCAUUCUGUGAUCAGGGGAACCCAGGACCCUCCAUCAAUUCCACACCCUUAGGGAUGCCCACCCAGAAUUACGCUCUGAUGCAAGUGGCUGGACAGGAGGGAACUUUUUCUCUUGUUGCUUUGCCACACGUAGCCUCAGCUCAGCCAUUCCAGAAACCCAUAAUGCCCCUGCCUGAAAACCUUAAACUGCCUAUUCCACGAUACCAGCCCCCCCAACUCAACAAAGGAUCAAGAAAGAAACCCAUUCUGAACUCCCCUGAAAGUGGCUGCAGCAAACCUCCUUCUCAAACCCAAAUGUCCGCCUCCCCACCUGAUCGCCCUGAACCUCCACAUCAACCCAGCCCAUCUGAGCAAAUGCCAUCCCUAGACCACACCCCAGCCAGUGUGGGCUCUACUGUGCUAACCGACAGAGGUAGCCAUGGACACUCUCCACCUCUAGUGACCCAAGGCCAGGGAGUGUUGAACUCUACUGCCAGCCCAACAUUGUCCCUACCAGGGGAACCUUCUGCGAAACAGGGCUUCACAAAGAUUUCUGGGAAAGCAAACUCUGCAAGCAAAAAGAUAUCCAGUAAACCUUCUGCUGUUGCCAGUGAAAAAUUCAAAGAACACACUCAUCUUGCAAAAUCUGUGACCAACUUAUCCCCAGCAGUUUUGGGCAGUGGAAUUCAAUUGAUCCCCAAAGGUAAACUGCCAAUCUUGCCCUACUCAAGAGUGAAAACAGCAGAGGUUUGCAAAAGUGAAUCAGAUGUUAACAAUUCAGAUUUUUCUUUAUCUGAACUCCGGACAGACUGUGAUAAGACAUCCUCUGUCACAGAAGGCUUUAAUGCAGCCACCAAAGUGGUUGGCAAGAUACCUGUUCUACAGGUGUCCGAGCAGAGUCCCUGUGAAAGUCCCUUUUGUCCAGUCACCAAACAAGAUGUAAAUCACAAAACGAAACUGAGCAGGGGGGCAACAAAGAGAAGAGGAAGAAAACGAAAGAUUCCAGAUGAAAUUUUGACAUAUCAGGGGAAAAGGAGAAAAUACAUCAUCAAUAAGGGCAGAGAAAAUGACAGAUUGAAAAAUAAUACCCAAGAAUCCAGAGACCCAAAACCUGGGGCUAUGAAAAAAUACCGCAGCAUUAUGCCUAAACCUAUACUUGUCAUGUCUGCUCUGGCUUCUCCUGCAGCUACGUUGCAGCCCCAAACACCAGACAGUCUAGGGCAAGGCCUUUUGUUAAGCAACUUACUCACUCCUAAAAAUCUUGACUAUAAGCCGGAUGGCAGCCCUUCCCCUAAAUCCAGCUGUGCAUUCAGAAAUGGAUUCUCUGGCAUUAAGAAGCCUUGGCACAGAUGUCAGUUCUGUAACCACAUCUUCCAAUUCAAACAGCACCUUCGAGAUCACAUGAAUACACACACUAACAGACGGCCUUACAGUUGUCGGAUUUGUCGCAAAGCAUAUGUGCAUUCUGGCAGCCUGAGCACACACAUGAAACUCCAUCACAGUGAAAACCGUCUGAAGAAACUCAUGUGCUGUGAAUUUUGUGCAAAAGUGUUUGGUCACAUCAGAGUCUAUAUUGGCCAUCUAAAAGAAGUGCACAGGGUUGUCAUCAGCACCGAGCCUUCCCCAAGUGAACUGCAGUUAGGGGACAUGCCAAGGAACAGAGACGUGAAUGCCAGAGGGAUGGAAGGGUCAAUGGAGAGGGAAAACAAGUCAUGCCUGGAAGAAGACCUCCUCUUAAACCAGGCAGGUGAAGUCAAAUUACAAAUCAAAUGUGGCCGCUGUCAGGUCACUGCUCAGUCUUUUGCUGAAAUAAAGUUUCAUUUACUUUAUGUUCAUGGAGAAGAAAUUCAGGGUAGACUACAAGAAGGGCUCUUACCAGGAAGCAGAGGCACUCCAGAAGAACUGGUUAAACAGACUGAUUCUCACUGGAAACAGUGUCCUGAGAGAAUAAAGCAGGAAAAGCAUUGCCCCUCAGGUGAGGAUUUACACACAUUUCCUAGGCUGAAAAGGCAACUCUACCUUCAUCAUCAGAAUGAUGUGGAAAUACUCAUGAAAGAUGACGGAGCCCAGCCAGCGCGAAGUGAGCCAAGAGAAGACCCCCAGGGCCCUGAAUGUCCCAGCCCCCAAACUGGCCCCCUACAGUCCCAUUCUGGCUUUAAUUGUAUCCUCUGCGCACAGACAUUGAGAAGGAAAGAAGAACUCCUUGUGCACUGGGAACAACAACACAAAUGUGAAGACCCUCCCAAACUUUGGACAAUCUUAAAUGCACUCUCCAUCCAAGGAGUGAUUGAGCUUUCCAAUGGAUUUGAAAAAUGAAACACUGGGGCCAGAGAGGUUCAAGGACUUUGCUGUUGCCUUUUCUCUCAAAACUUUGAGGUUUGGGUGGUGUUUAAUUAUAAAAAUCUCACUAGAUAAGAUCAGGAUUGGUAAGCAGAAAUGAUUUUUGUACAUAGUUUUAUUUUCUUAAGAAAUAUGUAUGUCCUUAAUGCAUAUUUUUCUAACCGUAUGCAGAUUAAUUUUAAAAUUCUAUAACUGUUAAUGUCUUAGACUUUAUUUCAGAGUAAAUAAAAUCAAAAUUUGGAAAUUGAA